UUCCGAGCGAGGGCAAGAGGGACGGACGCGCCAUGUCCACCCUGGGGCUGCUGGGCAGGGGGCUUGGCUGCCUCCGGCUGCCUCGGCUCCGAGGGUGGACGGGCGGCCGGCUCUGGGCUGGUCAGGCUGGCCACGUCAGGCCUGCCUGCUCAGGUGGGAAGGAGCGUGCACCCGGAUCGGAGCCUGAGGUGCUCCCGCCGGGCCCCGCGCGCCGGGCCCUGAAGGAGUGGACGCUGCGGGUGAGCCCGUUCGGUGCGCUGCGGGCGCGGCUCCCGUGCCACCUGGUCGUGAGGCCCCUGGACCCCCUAGCCUACCCAGAUGGUGACCGGGUGCUGGUCGCGGUGUGCAGCGUGCAGGGCGGGACGCGGGACCUGUCCGGCCUGCAGGUGAAUUACAACGAGGCCUUGAAGGAGGUGGCCAUCGUGGGAGAUGCCAUCGACCCCGAGGCGACGGUGGAGGUGACCGCACCCAUGAGGUUUGAUUUGAAUAUCAAGUCAUCAGGAGCCGGCUGUGUCAAGGUCCAGAAUCUUGAGUGUGAUCAUUGCCAGAUUGAAACCGCCCAGGGAACUAGCAUCUUACAGUCCGUUAAGGGUCAAAAAUUACGCGUCCGGACGAAAGGAGGCCACGUGAUGUGUCUGGGCACAGUUUACGGAAAUAUAGACAUCCACGCGUCAGAUAAAAGUGCUGUGACUGCAGACAAACUGCAGGGAAGUUCCGUGAACGUGACCACUGAAGAUGGGUCCCUGGAAGCCAGGUAUCUGUACACAGAGUCGUCCCUGCUGUCUUCCGGCGCCGGUGCCAUCAGCUUGGGAAGCGUUCAUGGCGAUAUAACAGUACAAAGCAAGAUGGGUAACAUCACUAUAGAUUCUUCGUCCGGACAUCUAAAAGCUUCAACUCAACACGGUGCCAUCGACGUGUAUGUGAGCCAGCUGGGACAAGUGGACUUGAACUCCCACCAAGGUUCCAUUACCGUCAAGGUCCCAUCUUCCCUCCAAGCCCAUUUCCAGUUAUCAGGGAAGGAAGUGGACAUGGACUCAGAAGUCCGCGUUGAGGACAUGGCUGAAACUCAGAAGGACACAGGUGUGACCGUGACCGGAUUCGUGAAUGACGCAAGAGAGCACGAAAAACAGAUCCAUGCAGACGCCCCGAAUGGCACUGUCCAUUUCAGAACUCAAAGCUGGUUUCAGUCCCUCAAGCUGCCCCGCUAAGCCUGGCCUGAGUUGCACCUGUG